AUGUCAUUCAAGACGACGGUACUACUGCCCCAUGACCAAUUCUGCUUCUUGAAACUCCUCAUCGACAGCAUCCAGCUUGAGGAGGGUUUUAUGUAUUUGUUCGGCUCUUCACCUCUUACCUCUCCCGAGCGCUCUCUCCCUCCCUCCUCCGCAUCCUCGCCUCUUUCUACCCCACCCGCCUCACCAUUGUCAUCGCCGCGAUUGCUCGCUUUUCCCAUCAUGACCGACGACGACGACGUGCCACCGCAGUCUAUGCCAUCGCAGUCUCUGGCACCCGUCCAACUUGGCCCACCAAACCGACCCACACAUGCAAAGCGCCAGGGCCAUGCCAAUUGGAGGCGAAAAAGAGAAAGAGAGAGGGAGGCUGCAAAGUUAGAAAGCCAGGAACGAAUUCGUCCAUACAAGCCUCGCCCAGCUACGGUGAAGAAGCACGUCAAGUCCUCCAAACUGCGCCUCACGAAGUACAACAGCGACACGAUUCCCAUCGUGUCUUCGGGCUACGUAGCUCUUCCUGGGCCCAAAUCAUCAUCCAAGUUUCCCCUUGAGCAGCGGUUUAAGAUGCAGAAGGUCGUUUGGGACGGCACAUUCUCCAUACCCAUCGUCGACGAAGGUGGUCAAUACAUCGGGCUCUGUGCCGGCUCUGAUGCCUCCGACUGGCCAGACAUGCAUCAGUCUGCUGCCGCUGCUCUGGAGGAAGCUCGAGGAGGGGUGUCCUGGGGAAAAGAGGAUAGGCGGCAUAGGCGUGGGACCUUCUUUGCACGUAAUGUUGGUAUCUCGCAUGGGGGUGGACAGACUAGGCCCAUGGUUUUGCGUCACAAUGCCCCCGACGACGCAGUUCUCUCUGGGCUCCUGAAACACCCCUUGUUCGUUCGAAUGGCUGGACAUGCGUCAGGAAUUUUUGCCACGUGGGCACCUAGGCUCCACUCCUACUACGCUGACCACCUACAGAAGCUCCUGGACCACGACGAGACCCUCACCCAUAACUUUGAAAACAGCGUCUUUGCCGGCAGCCACUUGGUUCUCUGGGACCUUGGAUUGGUCAUUGAGUUCCCCCCCGGAUCCACAAUCUUUAUUCCUUCGGCGUCGUUAGACCAUUCCAACGCCUCAAUUCAGAAGGAAGAGCGACGCUAUUCCUUUACGCAGUAUACGGCUGGGGGGACAUUUCGGUGGGUCGAUUACGGGUUCCAAAAGGCAGACGAAUACCUCGCGUCUCUGUCUGAGGAGGAGCAGCAGGCAGCAGCUGAAGAAGGUCGCGAUCGAUUGGCGUUUGGACUCUCUCUUUUUUCCACCAUCGAUGAAUUUCAAUAG